AUGGUUUUAAAACAUAACCUAGAAAAAGAAUUGAAAGUCUUGGGAAAAAGAAUCAAGACAUUAGAACUGGAUAAAAAGAAAACCGAAGAUGAAAAUCAAUUGUUACUUUCAUAUUUCCUAAAUGAAAUGGAUAGUAAGGAUUUAGAUAGUUUAAGAGAAUCAUUAAAUAGCCAGAGACGUACCGAGAUGUUGGAAUUAGAUAAUGGAAGACGAGACAUUUAUAACUUAAAUAUUAAUAGAGAGAAAUCGUCAAACUUUAGUUAUCAAUUUAAACAUUUCGAAGAAAUGAUUAAAGAGCGAGAUGAAAAGGCUAAAUCCAUGCAAGAAUUAAUGAAUGAAUUAGAAAAAAAGGUUAGAGAACAAGAAGAAGAAAUCAAAGCCAAGCAAGUAAUUAUUAAUGAAUUAGAAGGAAAGGUUAAAGAAACUAAGGCCAAACAAGAAACGAUUAACGUAUUAGAAGAAAAGAUUAAAGAGCAAGAUGAAGAAGCCAACGCCAAGCAAGUAAUUAUUAAUGGAUUAGAAGGAAAGGUUAAAGAAACUAAGGCCAAACAAGAAACGAUUAACGUAUUAGAAGAAAAGAUUAAAGAGCAAGAUGAAGAAGCCAACGCCAAGCAAGUAAUUAUUAAUGAAUUAGAAAAAAGAUUAAAAAAGCAAAAUGAAGAAGCCAAAGCCAUGCAAGUAAUUAUUAAUAAGUUAGAAGAAAAUUUCAGAGAACGAGAAGAAAAAACCAAAGCCAAGAAAGAAACUAUUAAUUUUUUAGAAGAAAACAUUAAAGAGCAGAACGAAGAAACCAAAUCCAAUCAAGAAACAAUUAAUGUUUUAGAAGAAAACAUUAAAGAGCAGAAUGAAGAAAUCAAAACCAAGCAAAAAACUAUUAAUGUUUUAAACAAAAGGUCGAAUAAUCUUAGACUUUUCACAUCAUUCUUCAAAAUUUUUAAAGAAAGGUUAGGCAAGAAUAAAGUGAUAAAGAAACUAUAUAUGAAUCAAAAGUAA